AUGGACACGACCAACGCCAUGCAGAUCGAGAAGCUUGCGAGACGAGAAAACUAUGCGAGCUGGAAGUUUGCCAUGCAAGCAUACCUACAAAGCAAGGACCUAUGGGGCGGCGUGGAAGGAGACUCUGAAUAUACAGGCGACACGAAGAAAAUGACCAAGGCGAGGGCAAAGAUUAUACUGUCUGUAGAGAAACAGAACUUCAGCCACAUACAGGGAACGACGACGCCAAAGGAAGCGUGGACAAAAUUGAGAGACACCUUCGAAGAUUGCGGCCUAAGCAGGAAGGUAGGAUUACUGAGGACGUUAACAUCUUCCAGGUUAGAAGAUUUCAGUACCGCUGAAGGUUAUGUGAACCGCAUAUCGGACACCGCGCAUCGUCUAAAGGAGCUGAAUUUUGAAGUAAAAGACGAAUUGAUCGCGGCACUAAUGCUAGCUGGCCUCCCCGAUGAAUAUAAGCCAAUGAUAAUGGGCCUGGAAGGCUCAGGCGUUGCUAUCACGUCCGAUUCCGUUAAAGUCAAAAUAUUGCAGGACGUAAAGGCGCCGGCAGAGUAUAAAUCCAAGAAAAAGGACGACAGUGAAGGUCACACGUCCUAUAGUGCUUUUGCCACACUGCAAGGCACCAUCGACAAACUUGAGUGGUUCUUGGACUCCUGUGCCUCAGCACACAUGACUGGCAACAAGAAGUGGCUACGCGAUGCACAGGACACAAACAUCGCGGUGAUGACAUCUAGUGGAGAGAAGCUCACGACCGCUGCAAAGGGCACAGUAACUUUGAAUUUGAGCGUCAACGGAGCGGAAGCUGCCAUCCCGGUACAAGAGGUUCUACACGUCCCUGAUCUCACGGCCAACCUACUAUCAGUGAGUAAGAUCGUUGAAAAGGGGCACAUCGUGACGUUCCGGAAGGAAGGCUGUACGAUAAAAGACAGGACGAAUAGGGUCAAGGCCACAGCAUAUCUCCGAGAGGGCGUAUACGUGUUGGACACAAAAAAGGAGAAAGCGUUCGCAACAACAACGGAGAAAGAGGACGACAUAUGGCAUCGCAGACUAGGUCACCUCAACAGGAAAGGCAUGUCAUUGUUGAAGAACGGUUUAGCAAAAGGCUUAGAGGACAUUAAAAUAAAUUCUGUCUUAGUCGAAAACCAAACUGGCCGAAAGAUAAAGGCAAUACGUACCGACAAUGGUAAAGAAUUCAUCAACAAGAAGUUCCAGGAAAUCACAGAGAAAUAUGGAAUCGUGCAUCAAACUUCAGUCCCGUACUCGCCUCAACAGAACGGCCUGGCAGAAAGGGCAAACAGGACUAUUGUAGAAAAGGCAAGAGCGAUGCUAUUGGACGCAGGACUGUCAAAGACGUACUGGGCAGAAGCUACAUCUACGGCCGUGUAUCUAAUAAAUAGAUCUCCUACAAAGGCAAUAACCAGAAAAACGCCUGAAGAUGUAUGGACCAGACGAAAACCGGAUUUACGACAUUUGAGAUUAUUUGGCAGCCCGGUAUUAGCUCACAUCCCAAAAGAAAAAGAGGUAAAUGGGAUCCAAAAGCGAAGAAGUUAUUAUUUAUGGGAUACUGCGAGAAUACAAAAGGAUAUAGAUUAA